AGCGUAUCCUCAGACCCCGAGCACGUACUUCCCGCAGUAUAGCGCGGGACCGGGGGGCCCCAUGUCACCCCAAGUCUUCCCUUGUCUGCGCUGUUCAAUUCUCACGACAUGCCUGGUUGUCUAAAUUGGCGCUCUUUGGAUAGCACCAUAUUUUCCAUAUUGGCACUUUCAUCUGCUAUCUGCUCAUGUCUCAACGGGCCUAUGUUAUGCGUAUUUCUCCAUUCGAAAAAACAGCUCUGUCUAGUUAGCGGGAGGGCUUGGGUGUCGCCGUACAUGGCAUGGUUUGGAGUACCCUCUGUACGUUUCCAGUUUCCGCGCGGUCGGCGGAUGUCUCUCAGUCUGUCAGUCUGUCAGUCGUAUGCGUGGAAUGUGUUCUCGUGCGGGCUCUUUUUAAUGAAUCUCCUUGCGCUGCAUCAUGUUCUCCUCCUGCUUCGAUUGGUUAGCUACUUCUACACCCAUCUUCUUCCUACCGUGGUUCUUUGAUCUGUUGAAGUUUGCUCGCAUCAUCGAAAGAGCUCCUUUAUUUCCAUCGUCGUCGUGUUGUUGUUGUUGGCGUCUUCGCGUGGCAUACCCCGUUUCAGGCUUUUCGUCUACAGGUUGUUAUCAUGCUCUCUCAUCUCAAUGUCUUGUGUUGUCGUCGAGGCGAGGCUUCCGUUUCACUUUGUGAUUUCGCGAUAGAUGGCAGUCU